UAUGCUCGCGUUUGCUGACGCCUACUAAAAAUGGAUUUGUCCCCUUGCUCUAAUUUAAGAAGCAGAAAGUCAAUCUCGGGCUUGUCUAUCCCUUUCUUUACUUCUUUUUAUUCAAUCCCCAAAUUAAAAUUAGGUCAUUAUUUUCCGUUCAAAGCGUUGGCGGCCGGUGUUCUCCCCACUUAUCUUCACCGUAGACAAAUCCAAGGAGUAGGUCUGUGCUAAAUGAGUGAAAACCAGGACAUCCCUUGCCGAAUUGGGGUUGUUUCGGACGCUGAGAGUGAUCCACCUGAAAUUGAACCGGAUGAUACCCAGAUGCAUUUGUCGACUGGAAGCAAGAAAAGAAGCCGGGAAAUCGAUGAUUCAGUCGAAGCUAAAGGAAAAGCCCCCAAGAAAUGGACAUCGGGAAAAGAAGCUUCAACCUCCCAGCGGCAGCCAAAACCGAAAAGUGAAAAGAACUGUGGGGAAGCUGUGCAAAACAGAUUGAAAAAUUUCCACCAUCAAAUUGACAGACGAAGAAAGACGGACAAAAUGAGAGAUUUGGAAUUUCUGACAUGGAUAAAAUCGAAAUCCUUUCCUGUCUCAUUACAAAUUCCUGCCUCCUUCAAGCAAAUCAAAACGCAGUGGCCAAUGCGUCCUGAUCUCCAAAGCAUUCUCCAAAAGAUCCAGGACAUCAAGGCCAAAAUCAAAGAUCAUCUUUUAAAUGAAGAUGACACGAAUGAGGAAUUGGAUAUAGUAGAAGAUGAGUUAAAUAAAUUAGAUCAACAACGAUCAAAGGAACAAACAAGGGACCUUGAUGCAGUCUUCUCUAACACUAAGGACACCAACAUGGGGACUGAGACUCUAAUAAAAGAGUUUUGUUCAGCAUAUCCAUGGCUUUGUUCUCUUGAUCAAGAUCCAGAUCAAGAUCAUGGAAGUUUGUCAACUCUUGAAGGAAUACAGUCUCUACUGAAGAGUUUGGAAAACCAACUUUAUGACGAAAACAACAAUAAAGUGUCUGUCAAAGAUUUCGAAGGAUUAGAAGAGGCAUUGAAGAAAACUAAUGGCUUGGAUCUUCUUCCUGACUACCUCAGACCUAUUGCGAACCAAAUCGAAGAGGCUCGUGGGGAAGCUACUGGGAUUGCCCACAGUUAUGUUCAAGUUUUGGUCUGCGCUGCUAUCAAGGAGAUGCAAGAUUUGGCACCCGUGGAGAUGGAUAUGUUGAAAAAAUGGGCAGCGGCGCUCAAUUAUGCUAGGCAAUAUGGUUUUCAAGUGACAUUUGCUGAUCAUUUACUGAGGAAGAAUUUUGAUGCCUACAUUCAUAAUAAAUUUGGGUUGGGUUGGUUCGGGUUGUAAAAUUUUCCAAUUAUUUUGGAUUGGAUCUGUCUCUGGAUUUAGUCAUUUUAUGUUCAGGUUGUUUUAAGUUUAGAUGGUCUUGAGUUUGAGUUCAGGUCAGUUUGAGUUUGCUUCAAUUUGGUUGUCCAAAACGUAGAAACUUUGUGGUUUUUGGUAUGAAAUUGUGUAGUUUGUUGUGUAAUUUGUAUUGUGUACGUGUGUGUAUGUUAAUGUUAUGUAAUGGACUUUUUUAUGUUGGGGGUAUUUUUCAUGUCUCAUUUUUGUACCGGUAUUUGGAAUUUGAAAUUUGAAAUAUGUAAUUGGGUCCAUUGGUUUGUUUUGUUGGA